UUUGCACUUAUCAGUAUGGGAGUGCCUUGGCUCACUACUACUACAGCUCUAACCAAGGGUGGUAUGAUGUAGCCUGGCCUUUCUACUUACCAGGAGCUGCUUUCCUCGGGUGGAUGUCGUGCAUAGGUUGCUGCUAUGCAAAAUAUCGUUACAGAAGACCCUACCCAGUCAUGAGGAAGCUAUGCCAGGUUGUCCCAGCUGGUCUCGCGUAUAUCUUAGAUAUAAGCCCAGUCAUUCACCGCAUAUUGAAUUGUCACCUGGACAGCUGCACAGAUAUGUCUUUUUGGUUCCACUGUCUGCAGAUCAUUUUCUUCAUCAUUGGUGCUUAUUUCUUCUCCUGUCCAGUUCCGGAAAAAUAUUUCCCUGGUUGUUGUGACAUUGUAGGACAUGGACAUCAAAUAUUUCACGUGUUUUUAGGUCUAUGCACGUUGUCACAGCUGGAGGGAGUUCUUCUAGACUAUAACAAUAGGCAGGAGCACUUUAGAGUUCGGUACAGUUCCGGAUACACCCAAAUGUCAUGUAUAUCCUUCUUCCUGCUUAUAUUAAGCAGUGCUGUCUCUGCAAUUUAUCUACAACAAAAGAUCAAAAAGCAGCUAGCCGAGAAAGACUUCUAGCAGUGGUGCUAUUUUAUUAUAUAUAUAUAUUUUUAAAAUAACAAUGUAACACUCUGACUAAACUGUAUAGUAAAAUAAAACUGUGUAUUAACAGGGCUAAAAGUCAUGUUUCUAAUGGAAGUGCAACAUAAGAGUAUAUAGACAAAGCACUUGUCACUACUUGCAGAUACAACUUAGUGUUGGUGCACUACUUAAAGGGCAUCUUCGACCUUAAAAUGUAUUAAUUUAUACAUGUUUUGUUUCUAAUUCAUAGAAAGAACAAAAGACAAUAAUGGUCAAAAUUAAAUAUUUCCAAAUUGUCCGUUUCACAGUUACGCACUUAAUAAUUUGUAUAUAUAAUGUUGAAUACAUAUAUAUUGAAUUCCCUCUUCUCUGUAUGCCAGUGAGGGGUGUGAUUCAUUACCUUGUUCUCCAUUUUUGGUAGAAGCUGAUAACUUCUGGCUGCCUUGCAAAAGGUGUAAAAAAGGGAGCUGAGUUCAGAAAGGGCAUUAUUUUGUUAGGAAAGGUUUGCCCAACUCCAGUCUACUGAUGUAAUAAAGCCAUAAUUUGAAAACUUAGCGAUAUCUUCUUCCUGGAGAUCUUCCUUAAUGGGGAAGAGAAUGUGUAAAAGAUAGAUAGGUCUACCUAUGUAAGUGUGGGGGCCACCAUGAUGGAAAUCAAGAUGACUGGAAGUAAAUAUCACCAUAUCUUAUAGGUCAGGUUGGCUUUUCGAGCAACGAGUCAGGCUCUGGGCAACCAUUGAAACUCGGCUGCUUGCCACAUAUGAAGAUUAUCCAUAAUUAUAAAAAAAAAAACAUAUGAAAUGUUUUGAAAAGCAAAAAGCAUGGGCAUUUUAUAGAUGAAUUCAUUUGAUGGAAAAUGUCUUGUAGAUGACCAAACCACUGGUUAAUGUAUAAAAGCUCAUGUCAUGAGAUUACCACUUUUAGUGCCUGAACUAUGGGGGAGAAUGUACUGUGCAAUGAUAUAGAUUUUGACAAAAUCCAGCCUUAUGAGUGCUCUAGACGAAGUGCCUAGACCAUAAGUGAUCCACAUGACAGAAUUUGAAAACAAUGAUGGGACUUAUACAAUGAAUGUCAAGUAGAUGCUGUGGGAGUGGACAUUUUUUAAAUCUGCUGACCUCCCUCACGUGUCCAUGAUACCGUCCUUAGCAAAUAUAAUUUAUUAUUGCUCCUUUUGCUGCUGUUUCCUUAAGAACCAAUUUUCUAUCACCCAUUUGGGGGAAAGAACUUACAUUAAGAGUUACUCAGUGGUACUGUGUUUUGGAUGUCCACUUAUCGUACAUACUGACCUCUUCCUAAAAUGUUGUUGUCUUUUUGAAAAAACCUUUUGUACUUAUAUUAUGUCUUAAAAUGUGAAUUGGUGCUGGCAAAAAUAAUAUUCUCCUGCCAAUUUAAAUGUACCUAUUGUUAUUUUAGAGGCUGCACUAAUUAACAGUUUCCAUCAGUUCCAGUUCCAAUCACCAAGUUUUAAAGUAUAAUGUUGCUGAGCGGAAAAUCUGGUUGAGGUUUCCAGGUUACACAGGAAUAUCAACUCUGGAUGCAAUGAAACCAGAAUUUCGAGAAACUUUACUGAAUGAACGUCGACACCAGGUUGCAAUGUUUAAGCUCCUGUGUCGAAGAUUAGACCAGACCAUUCCAGUGUAGAGCAUUGGGUACGUAGUAUGGAUUCUGUCUAGCAAGACUCAGAAUGUAUAGAUAUGAUAUAGAUAUGAUAUGUAGAUCCAUGUAGAUGUCUACUUAAUUCAGCAAAGCCUUUUGUACCCAUCUACCAUGCAAGGAACACUAAGAAUUCAUCGGAUGGUUCUGAGUCAUUCACGGUGGUCUACUUUAAAAAAUACACGUGUUAAGUAUAACUGUAACAAACCUCUCUCCUGGUACUGUUUAUCAUGUGUUAUUUAUUGAUUAUUCCAAUAGGGAUGCUUCAUUUAAAUUCUAGGUCCUACUGACCUGUGAACUAAUGUACUACCAACAUUCUCAACAUGUGCAGUAAAUUAAUGUAUCUGUUUUAUACUUGAUUUUUGAUGUUUACUAUGUAAUCACUUACUUGCCUUAAACUUUGUACUGAAAUGGACUUUCUUCAUUCCGUAGCAAGGCUGGUAAGCUGCCUGCUGGUAGAUAAACUCUCACAAGCCUCUGCCAGCCUCUGCUCUGCUUAACCACUUUUGGAGAAGACCAGUGAUCAGGUCAAGAUUUUCAGAAUGGGCAUACCCCAGUGUGUUUUCUAACUGCCAUGUUUACAGUUACAGUAGCAUGGCAACUAAAUAAAACAUAUGAAGGAAAAUAAUUCUGCUUGUGUCUUUGUUUUAUCAGCAUUGCAUAGUUUAAAGUGACACUAUAGACACCCAGACCACUUCAGCUCAUUUAAGUGGUCUGGGCGCAGUGUCCCAGUCCCACUUAGUCCUGCAAAGUAAAAUAUUGCAGAUUUUGAGAAACUGCAAUACUUACCUUGCAGGACUAAGACUACCUCUAGUGGUUGUCAAUCAGGACCAUGGGAGAGAGGGUGGAACGGAGGG